AUGGCACCGAAUCAAUGUCCGGAGAACUAUCGAUAUAAUGUUUUCCAAUACACCUUAAGUUUAUGUUGUUGGGUUAGUAAAAAUUCUUCAUUCUUUUCAAAUUCAAAGAAAUUAAAUUUUCGAUCAUUUAAAUGUAGAGGUGAAAAGGCCGGGUUGGCCUGUUCAGAACGGAAAAAUCGAUACAGAACCUUAGCAAACAUUGGACCAACCCAACGAAAAAGAAUCGGCAAAAAGGGAGAUGCAUAUGUCAGGACGAUUGUCUGUCUAAGUUUACCGAGAACUCUUAAGGAUAUUUUCGUCCAUCUUGCUGGCAAGAUUGGUAUUGAAGAACAAAAAAUGAGAAAGCUGAACAUAAUUGGCAUUGUUCAUGCAGUCCUUAAUUCUACAGACGAUGAAGAUUUUGAAUGA